AUGACAGAGGACAGCAUUAGGAAAAAUGGAGGAAAAGCAGUAGGUCCCAAACAAGGAAAGAAGGUGGACAAAGAGGACCAGCCAGCCAUGGAACCGACCGCGCUACAAGCUGCAGCUGCUGCCGCUCGCCCGCCCCUCAUCGACAUAACAAGGCAUCGAAGUGGGGGGAGCAUCCUGUGGUCCACUCGGGGCCCGGGUCUCGGAGCCAAGUACUUGGCCAUGGCCAGAGAUUCCUGGAAACCAGGCAGCGCACGCCUGGCGCUCCAGAGCCUCAGUGCACGCCUUGGACAGGAUCUUCACGCCACUACCAAGCUCGGCGUGCUGUUGGAGCUUCCCCACCGCAUUCGAGUUCGCCGAUUUGAGCUGCUUUGCAGUCUUAUCUGUCGUGUGAAGGCAUCAAGCGGGAAGUACAAAAGGCUGCUAUUGGAUUGGUUUCUAUUCUAACUAAAAGGUUUGAGGGCAUGCAGAGCGGGGACUGA